AUGGAUGAAUCAUACAAUGCAUCGUGCUGGGUUGUCGUAAAUAGUUUCGAAGAGCUCAAGCCGACGUGUAUCGAAGAGUAUGCGAAGAUAAUGAAAACUUGGUGCAUCGGCCCAGUUUCUCUGAUCCACAAAAACGAGUUACACAACGCCGAGAGAGGUAACAAAGCUUCAAUCGAUGAGCAACAGUGUUUGAGGUGGCUUGAUUCUCAAGAAACCAAGUCUGUGAUUUAUGCUUGCCUUGGAAGCUCGAACACGCUCAAGUACCCGGAACUUAAAGAGUUGGGUUUGGGAUUAGAGGUGUCGAGAAAGCCAUUAAUUUGGGUCCUUAAAGGAAAUAAUGAAGCGUCGAAUAAAGUGAUAAAAUGGAUUAAAGAGGAUGGAUUAACCAAAGGAAGAGGGCUUAUUAUAAUGGGAUGGGCACCACAAGUACUCAUUUUGUCACACCCAGCAGUAGGACCAGUUUAUGAACGAGAAACUUGUGGUACAAAUGUUGAACAUUGGAGUGAGCGUCGGGGCCGAUACACCGACGACUUGGCUAGAUGA